AUGGAAGAAAGAAAUGGGCCUACCCCUGAGCGCAUGGAUUACAAUUCUAGUGUUCCUUCCUGGUUUUCUAACCCUUUCUUAGCAAACCUUUUCAAUCAUCAGGAUAUAUCAAAGUUGGGUCCUUUGAGGCAAGUUUUGCACCAAUUGUGUCAUAAUUCAGAUGACUAUGCAAUUCUUGUUCCGCCCACAUUUUAUUUGACUUUCCACAGAGAUAGCAAUACUGGAAAGUCAUACGUGGAGAUGUGCAAGGACAUUGAUUUUAUUUUAUCGCAUGUAAUAAGGAUUAAUGUUUUCAAAGACAAAAGGAUUAGGUCUCACAAUGAAUAUACUACUCUAAAUAAUAAAGUAUUGACUAUCAAAAAUGAUGAAAUAAGCACUCUCAGAAAUUUUAAAUGUCCUGUUAGUGUUAAGAUAUUAAACCAGGAAUUUAUAAGGGGAUUUGCAACGUAUAUUCCAAUAGGAACAUGCUUUCAUGUAAUUUACAUCUCUCAGACUUUAUACAAAAGGGCAGAAAGCAUUACACCGGAAAAAAGUCUAUUAUUUGAACCAAAUCUUAGUGGGUUGGUGAAAACUAGACAAACUAAGUUAGGAGGUAACAAACUUUAUUCCCGUGAGGCCUUCAAAGUGGUCCCAUUCAAAACACUUUUGCAGGAAUAUCCCAGUCUUUUAAAGAUUUCAAAAAUGUUUGAUGCAUUAUUUGCUGAGAAUCUCUUUAAAGCCUGCAAGACUUCAAAAGCUUUGGAUGAAUCUUUCAACAUUGUGAUGAAAAGAGGGUCUGCUAUGAUGAAUACUCUUGAACCGAAUGUCUUACGGAAUAUAAUGAGUAAAUAUUCGGAAGAUAACUUGAAAGAAUCGAUCUAUGAAUACUUGGAAAUGAAUAUAUACGAGAAGUUUUGGGCAAGAUUUGUGAAACUCAAUGGUUGUGUUGAUGAUGAUAGCCUUACGCUUGCAUACAAUAAGUUGAAAUGGUUGAGCAUCACACAAGUAGGACUUCCUGAUCCAAUUGUACAUAAUCAAGACAAUCUUUUGGGCUAUAUAGAGCGGGUCAUCUUGGCGAUCAAUGAAUUCAAGCUUUUAUCCUUUGCCACAACCAGCUCUAAAAAACAUAAGAUACUGGUCAAAACCAUAGACCACCUUUCACAAGGAAGUUUUAUUGAUGCAGACUUGUUGAUUACCUUGGUUAUUUUUGUGAUAUGUUUAUCCAAAGUUCCAAAUUUAAAUAAUCAGAUGAACUAUAUCAAAAAAUACACAUACUGUGAUUCGAAACUUGAAAAUGGAGCUUUAGGCUACGUGUUAUCGACAUUCGACGUUUCAUUGAAAUUUUUCCAUAACGCUGAAAAUAUGAACAGUCUUGUAAGGAAAUCGCUGCAAACAGAAGUGCUUUGGAAGCUAGUGGGAUCUGUGUCCAGUGACCAUGCAUACAAUGCAAUAAAAGAUGAUAAUGAGCUAACAUUCCAACAAAUUGAGUCACUAUUAAUGCCUUAUAAUAAAUCUGAUUGUGCAAUAUCUACUGAUUGUUUUGUGAGAAGUCGAACUUUGAGUGGUGACUCGUGCCUUAUGGCCUCUCUAAAAAGGUUAAAUGCGGAGCUAAUGAGGGUCAUGUUACAAUUUGACUAUAUUUUUACUUUGGAUGAUAUUCUUGAAGAUAGAAAUCUGGAUGGCACUAAUCUCCUAGCAGCAGCCUUAGAAUUGAAACAUCCUUCUUCUGAAUGCAUUGCCCAAAUUAUAUUGCAGGCGUCUCCCGAAGAGAUCACGGAGUACAUCAACAGAAAGAACCAAAAAGGUAGGACCAUAGGGCACUAUAUUUACAACUCCCACAACCUAAUCAUAGAGCUGGGGAAAUACAUAGAUUGGACUAUCAAGGACAAGUCUGGGAAUACACCAUUAACGAGCUGUCUCAGGAGUUAUGACCAUACACAUUAUGUUGAUCUUGUGAAAGUACUUUUGCCCACCGUGAAGAAGUGGUACAUAGAUCAACGUAAACCUUUUAAUCAUAGGGAUCAUCUUGACAACAAAAGAAAUUCAUUGCUACAUGUGAUAAGAGAUGCAGCAACCCUACAGUUAUUUCUUCACAUGUUUGAUGGUUUGGAAACGAACUGUUUGAAUGAGGCAAACCAAAGCGCAGUAUCUUUGAGUAUUAGAUACAAUCGAAUUGGAAGUUUAAAAGUUCUCCUUGCCGAGCCAAGUAUUUGUUUGAGUAUUGUUGAUCCACAGAUGUAUAUGAGCUCACUGGACUAUGUUAAGUUAGAGCGCUGGGGGGAACCGCUUAACAGAGAGAUUGCUAAAAUAUUGGAGAUGAAAUUUGUUCAAACUGAGUAUGGGCAAGAUUUGAAAAUCGCAUGUGUCCGUGCUAGGUUUGAUUCAGAUCAGGGAUUAUGUUGUUACUUUAGAGUUGUUUAUAAUGAUAGCAAGAGUGAUAUCAUAUAUGUUCCAUUUUCUUCUGUCACCAAGGCUUUCAAGCUUAUGAAGAAAGAAAAUUUAAGCAUUCCUUUUGAUUUUAAUGCCCCCGAUAUUUGGUUUCCUAGACAUGGGUACGUAGGAAUGAAAGGUAAUAUAUGCUCUUCAAACAAGAUGAGAAUCAACACAUUGGUGAAUAAUAUCAAUUUAUUGAUUCAAGCUUUGUACCAAAACGGAACCAUGGCCUAUACCCAAACGCUGCAGAAUUAUCUUUUUGCAGAUCAACCUGAAGGGAAACUGGAGAUUAACAUUCUUAAUGAAAGAAACGUUCUGAAAUUGAUAUACUCAAAAAGCACAGGAUUACGUAAAAAUACAUUGAAUGAAGUUUCAAGUUUCAAACGAAUGCUUGUCACCGCUGAAGAUAUCCUAACCUAUGAAGCUUUCACGACUUACACAGCAUCUGAACUUGAAGCCUUUCUGAAAAUCUAUGGCGACUUCUAUAGAUUUUUUACCUUAAGUGAUGUGGAAUCUAAAGACCUAGAUAAACUGAAAACUGAAAUACCAUGGAUUGUGGAGAAGAACUUAAAAUGGAGAGAAAGCAGAGUGGAAGAUUCAAGUGACAUUUUUCUCGAUAAAAUGAGGCUAUUAUAUGCAUCGACUGAAGCUUUGAUUAAAACUUCAAACGACUUGAAGCUCAACAAAAUACGAAGAUGGAAAAAAAUUGUAGCUGAUUUUAGAAAUCUUCGAAGUGAACUUGACAGAGUGUGUGGGAGUGGCGUUGAAGGAUUUUUGGGGCUUGCAGUAGUCAAUGACAACGAGACCCCCGCUGAAUUGAAGAGAAACAAUAGGAAAGAGGUCUUAUCAAAGGUCUUCAAGCAAAUAGACAUACUUACAGGUAAUUCAGAGAGCUACCAUGAUAUUGAACAAUUAAUUGAAGACCUCUCGCAUGCAAUAUUGAAUGAUAGAAGUAACUUCAAGCCCGAUGAAACCAGUGGGUCAACAAAGAACGGAAACGGUGUACUGUUAGAAUCACUAAUUUAUUCGGUAAAUGAGGGGGUCAAUGUGUGGUUUAGUGAUAAACGGAGAACAGCUUAUGUUAAGAAGCUUUUGGAUUCUUUCUUGGGUUAUAGAUUGGAGCUUCUCGACUUAAAUAUUGAAUUGAAGAGAACCUAUGAAAGCUUGGCCAUUUUCAUGAGUAAGUUUUACGAUUUCAGGGCUGCUUCCUUUAAAUUUGCCUUUAAAGAUUAUACUAGAGGUAAAAUUGGUGAAUUAAAGAGAGAACUUCAGGGUUGGAAUUUGGGAUUACUUGAAUAUAGGGAUAAAUUGGAUAAAUCAGAUAAAUAG